UUGCAGUACAGAGACUGACUGAACAAGGCAGUGGUCAUUACAGAGGCUGUCAGAAUGGGGGAGUGGUCCUUUCUGUCUAACUUGUUAGACAAGGUGCAGUCCCACUCCACUGUAGUGGGGAAGGUUUGGAUGAGUGUGCUUUUCCUUUUCAGGAUCUUCAUCCUGGCUGCUGGCAUAGAUAAAAUAUGGGGAGAUGAACAAGGAAACAUGGUCUGUAACACCAACACCCCAGGCUGCAAGAACGCCUGCUACGACCGGUCCUUCCCCAUGUCUCACCCACGAUUCUGGGUCCUCCAGAUCCUCAUUGUCUCCACACCAACACUCAUCUAUCUGGGCCACGUCCUGCUGGUGAUACGCAGAGAAAACAAGCUGAGGAGACGCCUGGAGCAGAAAGUCGGUAAGAAUGGGAUGAUUAAAACUCCAACGUAUUCAGAUGAACAUGGCAAAGUUCAGCUCAAGGGCGUCUUGCUGGUCAGCUACAUGAUGCAGCUGCUGCUGAAGAUCCUGCUUGAAGUGGCAUUCAUCGUGGGCCAGUACUACCUCUAUGGCUUCAUUAUUAUGCCUAGUAAGAUUUCAUUUUCUACGUACCCCUGUCGGACACCAGUAGACUGCUUCAUAAGUCGUCCCACAGAGAAAACCAUCUUUAUUUUCUUCAUGUUGGCAAUGGCCGUCCUCUCUGUGAUUCUCAACAUCGUGGAGAUGUUCCAUCUGAUGAUCUCAAAGAUGAAGGAGAAGAAAAGGAGAAGCAGUGGCUCACUUCCCCCAAAGAUGUACUGUCUUGACGGGACCAAACCACAAUUCCACUGAGAGAUUUUCACAUUUUUGAAAGACUGAACAGAGACGAUCCUGUGUCUAUGAGGGAGCUUGUUUCUCACUCAGUCACAUCCAGCUUUAAAUGUCAAAGUGCUACAUGAAUCCUGUGUACCAACAGUUAUACACCAUAUAUUUAUGUUAGAAAAAUUUGCUGUGCUUAAGUAUUGUUGCAAGCUUGUCUUAAAAUUGAAAAGGAGAAGCGUACAAACAUAUAACAUUUUCGGUGAACUACAAUCUCAGUGAACGUAUAAAACAGGAACCGGUGCAUAGACAGAGCUGGGAAACAUCUAUGGGUGAGAGACAUGGUGUAAUGCAGAUAGCAGCUCCUGUAUGUAUCCGAGUGACAUGUGACACAGAUAAAGAUUUAAAAAACAAUGGGUGAACCAAAUGUUUAAAAGCAGACUGUCGAGCCUUUCUCGUCAGUCAAUUCUGUACUCACUGUGUGCAUGUAUUGACUCCUUGAUGCAAGUAAAACUUAAUUGAAAAAGA